AAUAAUAUCGAUGUGUCUUUCAUUAAUAUCUUACUAAUUGGUAAUUGUUUUUAUAGUAAAAUUGCAAUUACUCGGAACGGGGACACACAGACUACAGACCGCCACAUGCCGUCUACGAUAGUUUUGAUACUUCGCAUAUUUUUGUCGGUCACUGUUUUUUGUUAAAGUCCGCUGUCUGAUCUUCGCGUGCGCGCCUGUACUCCGCCAUGUACUGACUCUAAAGAGAACUUUGAUUUUCCUCCAAAAGUCUGUCGCAUUCAAACACCGACCGAUCAUGUACCGGGUCCGUUCGUCGACGGUGUUCGUCCUAGCUGUUGUUGUCCUGACGUUUUUGGCGUCGUUCGUCCAAGUGUCAGCCAGGAUACACACUCUGCCGAUACACGACGAUGAUCGGCGGUUCAUAGCGUUGUCCACUUUUGGAUUUUACCGUGGUGGACUAUUGGAAGUGGAAAUAAUGGACUUUUACCUGCCUCCCAACAGCCUACAUGAAACUCAUGGUUUGCUGCUUGAAAAGUCCAUUUUUGAUGAAGGAAAUCCUUACAUAGAUUCUCAACAAGAAAUCUGCCCAAUUGAAUCGCCUAAUAUAUUUGAAUUACGAAAGAAUCUGGCAGUUUUCAGGUUUAAUUUUUCAAAAAAACUUGUUACAAUUAAUUGCUCAGAUACUAUGGAGCCAUUUUAUUUAUUCAAAAACAUGGACGACUUUAAAAACAACCAGAAUGAUAUUGAAGAUGAUACUAUAACAAGUUGCGUUAACAAAACUUUACCAAUUUUAAAUGGCACUCAACCCGAUAAUUUUAAUAUAAAAUUUGUAGUAUAUGUGAAAACGAAAUUAAAUGAAGGAUUGUAUAAUUUAUAUUACCAUAAUUGUCCGAAUUACGCUAUGAUGCCAAAGUCUAAACAAAGUUUUACGGUCACUAUAAGUGAGAGUAAUGCCGAUGGAAAUUAUUUAUCAGCUGGUGACAUGCCAUUGCCAUCAUUAUAUUUUUCUAUGUCGAUUAUAUAUUUUUUCACGGGCAUAAUGUGGAUUUAUUUCUUGUAUAGAAGCACUUAUCCUGUCUAUAAAAUACACUACCUAAUGGCUUUGUUAGUGUUUCUAAAGGCAGCAACUUUAUUUUUUCAUGGUUUGAAUUUCCAUUUCAUUCAAGUCAAAGGACAACAUAUUGCUACAUGGGCUUUUGUCUACUAUGCGAUUCAUUUAUUGAAAGGAUCAGUUUUAUUCAUAACAAUUGUUCUUAUUGGCACUGGUAUGACAUUUGUUAAACAUGUUUUGUCGGAUAAGGACAAGAACAUCUUUAUGAUUGUUAUACCAUUACAGGUAUUAGCUAACAUAGCCUAUGCUAUUAUUCAAGAAUCUGAAGAAGGAGAUAUGCAGCAUAACGCUUGGUUGGAUUUAUUUUUACUUGUUGAUUUCAUGUGUUGUGCUGCUAUUUUGUUUCCCAUUCUUUGGUCUAUUCGUCAUCUACAAGAAGCAUCACAGACGGACGGUAAAGCAGCAAUAAAUUUACGCAAACUCAAAUUGUUUCAACAAUUUUACGUUAUGUUAGUUUCUUAUAUUUAUUUCACACGCAUAUUGAUAUAUAUGCUUAGAAUGACAGUUCCAUUUCACUUAUUAUGGCUUAAUGAAUUCUCUAGAGAAACUGCGACAUUUAUUUUCUUUGUAAUGACUGGAUAUAAAUUCCGACCGACAAUUGCAAAUCCAUAUUUCCAAGUGGCAUCAGAUGUUGACGAUGAUGACACAGACAUUGUAAUAAGUCAUUUUGGAUCUGGCGUAAACAACCGUUCAAGAAAGAAAGCAAACAACACUGGGGAAAUUGCUGAGGACGAAAUCAUGUUAGUGGAGUCAUCAUCGUGAUAUAAUAGAUAUUGUAUUUCUAUGAUACCAAGACUGAUCCAAUUGAUCCAUGAACCUUUACUAUGUCUUCUAGUCUUUCUUUUAAGAGUAGACAAAACUGUUCAUUUGUACAAAUUUGUACUCAACUAUCGCACAACGUUUUACUGUUUAUUUAUUUAUUUAAUAAAUAUAAGUCAAUCACUUUGUUACAA